AUACGCCCUGGUUGUGGUGGACUCUGUUACUAACCUGUUGCGCUCAGAAUUCCAAGGUCGGGGUGAGCUGGCGGAGCGACAGCAGCUACUGGGGCGCCUUCUACGGAUGCUGCAGAGGAUAGCUGAUGAGUACGGAGUAGCUGUGGUACUCACUAAUCAAGUCGUGGCUAAUGUCGAUCCUGGUA